CACAGUCAGGGGAGGAUUCACACAACACUUUAACAGUUCUGCUGUUAGAUCACACACUGAACCACUGAAGAAAAUGAUUCACAAGUUUGUCUUGUUCUGUUUGUUCUGCUGGAGUCUGACUGGUGUGUUUGGUGAAUCAGUGUCAGUGACGGAGGGAGAUUCAGUCACUCUGAACACUGAUCUUACUGAAAUACAUGAAGGCGAUGACAUAGUGUGGAAAUAUGGAGCGGGAAAGUCUAAAAUUGCUACAAUGACCAAAAAUAAGCAAAACAACUCAUCUGACUUUCCUGAUGAGAGAUUCAGAGACAGACUGAAGCUGGACGAUCAAACUGGAUCUCUGACCAUCACAAACAUCACAACUCAACACGCUGGACUCUAUACACUAGAUAUAAGUGGAGCAAAAGCGAUAUUAAAAACAUUCAAUGUUUCUGUCUAUGCUCGUCUUCCUGUUCCUGUCAUCAGCAGUAACUCUUCACAAUGUUCAUCUUCAUCACAGCAGAAUUGUUCAUUGUUGUGUUCAGUGGUGAAUGUGGGUCAUGUGACUCUCUCCUGGUACAAAGGAAACAGUUUAUUGUCCAGCAUCAGUGUGUCUGAUCUCAGCAUCAGUCUCUCUCUACCUCUGGAGGUGGAAUAUCAGGAGAAAAACAGCUACAGCUGUGUGAUCAACAAUCCCAUCAGAAACCAGACCACACAUCUGGACAUCAGCAAACUCUGUCACACAUGUCCAGGUACAGCAGAGCUGAUAUAA